AUGGACGAAGGCACUCAAUCCUUUUCGCCAUUCCACAACCAGCCAGAGUCCCCGAAAAUUUAUUUGCCAAAGCCCGCUACCUCUGGCCUCACCCUCGUCAUCCCGUCACUGAAGAGCCUCAAGGCCGCACAGUCCACCAAGAAUUCUAAGCAACGUGCAGCGUCGAUCUCGAUCUCGACACCGACCUACCCAGAUGUCGACACCCAGGAGAAGAAACCACCCCGGCCGAUAAAGCUGAAACCUCUCAAGGAGGUCCUUGCGAAGCUCAUCGCUCAAAUAAAGAAGAAGGAUGACUAUGCGUUUUUUCUGAAACCCGUCGACGUUGCCAAUGUACAGGGAUACUCUGAUAUUAUCAAGCGUCCUAUGGACUUUGGGACGAUGACCCAGAAGGUUAACAAGGGGAAAUAUCGCUCGUUGGAGGAGUUUGCAUCCGAUUUUAAGCUCGUCACCUCCAAUGCGAAGAUUUUCAAUCCCCCCAACACCCUUUACCAUACGGAGGCUGAUAGGAUUGAAGCUUGGGGUCUGGAACACAUCAGCAAAGCAUCGUCCACCGUCAUACAGUACGAAACAGAUUGGAACAUAGAUAUCGAGAAAGAUGAAGAUCCUCUCGUCAACGUCGAUAAUGACGACGACGACGUUGCUGCUACGCCUAUGGAUGUAGACAACAGCUCAAGUUUACGGGAGAGGUCCGUGUCUGUCGCGUCACAACCCCAGCCAGGCCCAAGUAGUAGACGAGGGCCUCGUGGACCGUACAAGAAGCAGGGACAGGGCGCCCCUGCCCCCACAUUUUCAGAAACACUAGACCCAGAUGGAGGUCUUCCUGGGUCGAAAGAUGGUCUUGGAGCUUUCCCCCCUGGAUCUGAUUGGGCCAAAACGAUGGUGGCAUUGAAACUCAAAGGCAAAAAGUACAAGACGAAGAAGGAGAGGCUGAGAAUCGAACGCGAAGGGCCGCCAUUGCUCCCCGAUGGAAGUCUUGAUUAUACAGAAAUGGAAGACCCUUUCUCCGUGCUGUCGUUUUUUGUUCCUGAGCCGCUCUCCCGACCGCAACUCGUCCCGCUCUACCCUCCUUUGUACAACCCUCCUCCGCCGCCUCUGCCUCCUCAACUUGCCUCCGAACCAUCAACUUCUCAGACUCCCCAGACCCCAGCGCGAUCGACACCUGUCCCCACAUCUGCAUCCGUCCCCCCUCCUGCCUCCGCUUCACGUCAAUCUGUCUUUCCUGCCGCUACAUCUAUAGGACCGGACCAUGUUCCGCCAGACGUGCCAUUUCUGCAACAACAGCAGCGACCGUCCGGGACAGCAAAUGGCAAGGCUUCAUCGUCGACAGCUGCCCAGCCCAGAAGACGUCACUGGACGAUUAACCGCAAUGCGAGUUCGCGUCAGAAAGGCAAAGAGCGGGAUGAUGAACUGACGCAGGAUGGGCCUGUUGAGCUACCACCAUGGCAGAUGCCACGCGAGGCUCACGCCACCGAUUUUGGGUCGUUCGCUGCCCUCGCAGGUGCAUUGGCUGAGGAGAUGAAGAAGCGCGGUAUCUCGUCGACCUCACUACCGAAUGGGGUGGAAAAGGACAAGGAUAAAGAGGGAUUAGAUCAGGAGGUCAGCUUUGAUCUGAUACGGAGUAGUGUCGAUUGUGAGGCUAUUGUCAAGGAGAGGGAGGAGAAGGGUAAGCAGGCCGUUGCUAGUGUGGUUACGACUGGGAGCAGAGAGGGCGCAGUGCUUGGCAGUGCGUAUUGGACGGACCAGCGUGCGGCGGAGGCGGAGGAGUACCUGAGGGACGUGGUUUAUGGUGGUGCGGAUGGUUUCGCAUAUGUGAGGAGUUUGGCAGAAUUUACGGAUGGGAGGUGUUAUUAUGUGGAGGAUCCGUCUUCAUCUUCAGUCAAACCUAGUCCCCAAACAAAUGUUCUCGGGAUGCCUCUGUCGGAAUGGGUAGUACAGAACAUCGUCGACCCUCUCACUGAUGGACGGCACUCUCUCCUACGAGAAACUGCCUUGGAGCUCGCUCGCCAACAGAACAGUAAACCUCCCAUCGAUCCAAUGAAGGAUCCACGAGACGGCACUGUCGCCUCGCAAGUGGCAGCUUCACUGCACUUCUCCCCGUAUGCACUCGUCGCCUUGUCCGCUCUCUUGCAGAUUCGAAUACACAAGAUCGACAUGGGGUCGCUCAUCAAGACGCCGAACGAGCUCUUCCUGAGCGAAGAAGAAUGGGCAGGGAAGGGUCUUAAGGAGAAAAGGAGGUUGAGGUUGCAGAAGGCGAAACAGGAGGCUGAGGCUGCGGCGAAGAGGGCGAAGGCGAAGGUCGAGGGCGAACCGAUGGAGUUGGAGGAGGCGGAGCAGACCUGGGCGGGUGUCGAUGCGAGCUUGGGAGGCAAGGACCGGUUGAAUGGGAGGUUGGAGUAUGAGGCUGAGGGCCCAGAAGAGCUGAUGGAGGUCCUGGAUUACGUUGCGAACGUUAUCAUCGAGCUAGAUUGCCGGAACCGCGUCGCGAGGGAAGGCGGACAUAUUGGGAGCGUCGGUCCCGACGCUGAGAAGAAACCUACGGUUGCGACGUCGGCUGUCAAUGGGUUCGGGACUGGGCUUCAUGGGGAAAAGGCUUCUGGCUCUGGUUCUAGUUCGGUUGGUGGAACUGCAGAUGCAAACGGAGCCGAUGUCAUUAUGGCAUCCGACGACGACGAACGCGACGAUCACGACAAGGACGAGGGCGCUGAUGCCGCUGCUGACGAUACUUCUAUGACGAAGGAUCGAGAACAAGGGCAGACACAAGCGAUGUCGCAACCUACAUCGCGCAAAGUUCAGGCGGGUGUUGUCGGCGUUGGGGUUGGUGCCGGGAGUAUUGGUGGUGGUGCUGGCGACGGCGGCGCUAUGUCAGAGGAGGACCCAGGUAUUCGGAAUCUUCGUCUCAACCUCCUCGCGCUGGCGAAAAGGGCGCCGCUCGACACGAUUGCGCGCCUCCCGAAGGACCUUGUCCCGGAGCACAUACGUCAUUUUGUGCCUACGCUGGGAUCAUCGGGUUGGUUGGCGGUGUGA